GCAGUGACCUGUGUUUAUCGUCUGUCUCGACAAAAAUAGAAAAUACCUGUGAAAACUAAAACCUUCUCCCCCCCGGUUCCUUGAUUCCAGAGCUUCGGUCACCUGCAGUGAUAAGUCGAUACCUCUCGAACAUGAAUUCUGAUACAACUGCUUCCUUUCGACAUGUUUGCUCGCGGAGCGACUUUCCACAGCGGAGGCGAAAACAAGUGAGCUAGCUGGCUGCUCCGCCGGUAACAGAUUAGCAUAGCGUCGGGCUGAGCGCUGAGCCGCUGCACGGCUAGCAAGUGAAGCGGUGGUGGAAAAUACACCAGUCUCCUUUCAUAAGCUAAAACUAGAGUUCGUUUAUCUAAAUUAGACUCUUUACAAUAUGGCCAUGGCCUCCGGUUUCCUACACACGAACGAGUCAUCCCCCGCGGCUCUGACAGACCUGUGUCUGACCUAUGUGAGCCAGAACCUGGACUGCUUCUCCGUGAAGCGCCCGGACGGCUCCCUGUGCUUCAGAGAGGCUGUGCUCUUCCCACAGGAGCUAGCAGACCAGCUGUUGGCCAAGAUGGCAACUGAAGGUGUGUUGAAUGACAGCACAGUGGGUGUAUUUCGGAACUCUGAAUACCUGCGGCUGAGACGGGCCUGCAUCCGCACAGCGCGUAUCUCUGCAGAGGCAUUCCGGAAAGCUCUCUGUCCCCACAGACUGUUGGAGCUGGAUGCUGCCAGGGUCAAUGCAGACCUCACUAUUCAUGAUAUCCUACAGGGACUGGCCUCCAAUAAAAACUGUCAGGACUCGCUCCAGCGUCUUGGGUUAACAGGUCUCACCAUGUCCUCUCUGGAGGAACCAAUCCGGUAUCGCUUCAGCUCCCUCCAGGGCCUCCGCUCACUCUCUCUAGCCAAUGUAGACGUCUAUGACUCUGGGCUGGUCGACGUUUGUUCCCUGCCUCGAUUAGAGAGCCUCGAUAUCUCCAACACCUCAAUCACCAACCUCACUCCACUGCUGGGCCUGAAGGAUCGGCUGCGUUCACUGACACUGCACCAGCUGAAAAGGCUGGAAAUGAGCACUGCUCAGCUCCUGGGACUCAUACGCCAGCUGGAUGUAUUGCAACACCUGGACAUCAGUGAUGAUAAGCAGUUUACCUCUGAUGUGGCUCGUCAGCUGCUUGGACAACCGGGAAUCCUGCCUGACCUCGUGUCCCUGGAUGUGUCAGGGAGGAAACAGGUUACAGAUGCAGCUGUUAGAGCAUUUGUUGAUGAGAGGCCAGGGAUGACCUUUGUGGGACUUCUGGCCACAGAUGCUGGUUUUUCUGACUUCCUCUCCGGAGAAGGAAAUCUGAAGGUGACAGGCGAAGCCAAUGAGACCCAGAUUUGUGAGGCCCUGCGCCGCUACAGUGAGAGGGAAGGUUUUGUGAGAGAAGCUCUAUUUCAUCUGUUCAGUUUGACCCAUGUCAUGGAGAAACCACGGCCUGACAUCCUAAAGUUGGUAGUUUUGGGUAUGAAGAAUCAUCCUGCCACUCUGAAUGUUCAGCUGGCAGCAAGUGCCUGUGUGUUUAACCUGACAAAGCAGGACCUGGCAGCAGGAAUGCCAGUCCGACUCUUGAGCACCGUCACUCAGCUCUUACUGGAGGCCAUGAGGACUUUCCCAAACCAACAGCAGCUGCAGAAGAACUGCCUGCUGUCCCUGUGCAGUGACCGCAUCUUGCAGGAGGUUCCAUUCAACAGGUUUGAAGCUGCCAAAUUAGUGAUGCAGUGGCUCUGCAACCAUGAAGACCAGAAUAUGCAGAGGAUGGCGGUGGCUAUUAUUUCCAUACUGGCUGCUAAGUUGUCCACAGAACAAACUGCUCAGCUUGGAGCAGAGCUGUUCAUAGUGAAGCAACUGCUCCACAUUGUGCGUCAGAAGGCCACUCAGGGCGUGGUGGAUGCCACCCUCAAAUUUACGCUGAGCGCACUCUGGAACCUCACGGAUGAGUCACCAACAACCUGCCGCCAUUUCAUCGAGAACCAGGGGCUGGACCUGUUUAUUAAAGUUCUAGAGUCCUUCCCCAAUGAGUCUUCUAUUCAGCAGAAGGUUCUCGGUCUACUGAACAACAUAGCAGAGGUCGGGGAGCUGCACGAAGAGCUGAUGGUGCAGGGGUUCCUGGCCCACAUCAGCACUCUGCUGCACAGCUCAGAGGUGGAGGUCAGCUACUUUGCCGCAGGCAUCCUGGCACAUCUGACGUCACGAGGGAAGGAGGCCUGGACGCUCAGUGCAGAUCUUCGGUCUUCGCUGCUGGAGCAACUGCAUGAUGUCAUUAUGAAGUGGCCCCCACCAGAGUGUGAAAUGGUAGCAUACAGGUCCUUUAACCCCUUUUUCCCUCUUCUGGAGUGUUUUCACACCCCUGGUGUCCAGCUGUGGGCAGCAUGGGCCAUGCAGCACGUCUGCAGCAAGAACGCCGCCCGCUACUGCAGCAUGUUGUUGGAGGAGGGCGGCCUGCAGCAGCUGGAGCGCGUCCACGGAAACCCACAGACUCACAAAGACGUCAACCUGCUGGCUGAGAGCAUUCUGGAGAGCCUGCAGCGCCACAGAGCUCGUACCGGCCAGCCAGCACACCUGCACACAAGUCGACGCCCACCACCCCAAUAACAUCACAGAG